AUGGUAAGACUGAGAGCCGAGAACACGCUGCUUACGCUUCUCGGAAAGGACACGGACUCGCUCAUCAGCUACCGAGGCGGGCCAGCCAAGGAGCUGGUGGCGUACGCGCACCGGUGGCUCAAGCUGGUGGGCGAGGAGUUCCGCGACGAGGUCACCGAGGGUCUGCUCAAGCGGCCGCGCGGCAUCGAGUGCACCAUCUCCGUCCUCGGACCUGUCAAGGACUCGUCCCGCGGCGCGCAGUGGCUCACGGUCAAGAUCAAGGAGAACAAGUCGGAGGAUGAAGAGGCGGCGCCCGACCCGACGGCGAUGCACAUGCUCUGGCUCUCCGCCGAGCGCGGCGACAAGUUCCGCGCAAUCACCUUUGACGCCGAGGCGCUGAGACACGGGAGGGCGGUGCCUCCUCGCGAUCUGCCGCGCGUCAAGGCGCGGUGCGUGGAGCUCGCCUCCGCGUCCACGACGCUGCAGCGCGUGCACGCCCUCUGCUCGAUCGGCAAGCGCAAGCUCGACCCCGUCCUCGCCGCCGCCCUCACCAGCCCGGAGGCCGCGCCGGCGGCGGCGCACUCUCCGUGGGCGCCCCUCGACGAAAAGUCCCUUCUUCCGUCGGUGCAGAAGCAGCUCUCGCGCCUCAACCCGGGGCAGCGCGCUGCUCUGUGCGGGCUCGACGGCGCCGUGACGGUGGUGCAGGGUCCGCCCGGCACGGGCAAGUCGUCUUUCAUCACCGCCGCCUGCCUGUCUCGCGUCCCGGCCGGGUCUCGCAUCCUCGCGUGCACCGCCACAAACAAAGCCAUCGACUCGCUCGUGGCGAAGCUCGAGGCUGCCGGUCUGACUCAGAUGUUGUGCGUUGGCUCGCGCCGGGCGAUGGGGGAGGCGUCCUGCCGCUACCUCAUGAGCAGUGUGCUUGCGCGCGACGGCUUCGUCGCCGCCGCAGAGACGGCGAUCGAGCAACACUCCGCCAACGUGCGUCGGAUCGAGGCGGAGUUGCGCGAGCUGCCUGCGAAGAAGUUGGAGGCGCGGCGCGCGGAGGUGAAGAAGCGGCUCAAGGCGGAGCAGGAGAGCGUGCGGCGGCACACGCAGACGAUGGGCGAGCGCAAGGGGAGCACGCGGCGCCAGGUGUGGAAGGAGGUCCGGCUGGUUGCUUGCACAGCGUCGGCGGCGCUGCAGGCGAGGGCGAAGGCCGAGCCGCUCACGUUCGACUUUGCGGCGGCGAUGCUCGAGCCAGACGCCGUCGGCUGCUUGCUGCACGGCGCGCGCGCGGCGCUGCUGGUGGGCGACCAGCUGCAGCUGCCUCCGUUCUCAAAGUGGAAGGACGCGGACACCGCGCGGUACACGGCUCGGCUCGCCGCCGCCCGCAACCCGGCCGCCUCCCCCUCCCUCGGCCGCGGGAAGGGGGCCUCGCCGCUGCUGGGCAAGGGCGGCAAGGGCGCCGGCCGCGGCGUUGGCCGCGGCGCCGCUGCCGCACCAGGCGUCCCUGGCGCGGUUGCGGGCGAGCCUUACCCCGGCCAAAAGACAUUUAUGCUCACGGAGCAGUACCGGAUGCACCCCGCCAUCAACAAGAUUGUCUCUUCCACCUUCUACUUCAACAAGCUCAUGACGGCCCCGUCGACGGCGCGCGCGCGGCAGCACCCUCUCCCCGCCUGCUUUGUCAACGUGACGGGCGGGCACGAGGAGUUCCAAGAGCGCUCCUGCUUCAACAAGAAGGAGGCGGAGGAGGUCGUCUCGCUCGCGCUGCACUGCGUCGAGUACCUCGGAUUCUCCCAGGAGCGCAUCAACGUCCUGUCUUUCUACAACGCGCAGCGCGACAUCCUCGAGCGCAUGCUGGCGCGCGCGCAGCUGGAGGACGUAGCCGUCCUGUCCGUCGACUCGAUGCAAGGGCGCGAGGCGGACGUCAUCAUCCUUAGCUGCGUCCGAGCGGACGUCGCUGGCGGGCUCGGCUUCGUCGCCGACGCGCGGCGUGUGAACGUGGCGCUGUCCCGCGCGCGCGAGUCGUUGGUCGUCUGCGGCUCGUCGGUCUGCCUCGAGGUUGAGCGCAUCUGGCGGUCGGCCCUCAAGGGGAUGCAAAAGUUCGCGUCGGCGCGGGCGUGCCAGGACGGCUUCGAGGCCAACCUCCCGCCAAACUGGGCGAUGCCGCGGCUGCUCUCGCCGGCGCCGAAGCCUGGCGGAGCGCCCCUCGGCCUGGAGCCGAGUCUCGCGGAGCGCUCCUCGGGCGCCGACGGCGACUUUGACGAGCCCGAGCCCGAGGCGGAGCCGGGCGCGGAGCGGUUCGAGCAGCGCGAUUCGGGCGUGCCCGACGCGUGGGACGCGAGCUCUGACGACGACGCGCCGGCCGAGGAGGAGAAGCCACCGGCGGCGAUGGAGGGGACGGUCUCCCUCAGCCCUUCCCUCUGAGCGCGCGCCUUUGGGGAGGGAGGGAGGUCGGAUGGUUCGCGCUGCGGGUCGCGGCGGAACAGACAGUCAGCGGCGGUUGGAUGCGUGCUCGGCCCUUGAUUAUUUCAAGGAAGUACAUGAUCUCUGGCAUAUUCUAUCAUCAGCGCGGGACGGGGAGGGAGGGGGGUGGAUCCGUAAAUCCGUAAUGUCCGCAAAUCGUGU